AUGGCCGGAGAAAGCAGCGGUGGUGACAGCAGUCAACACAACGCUAUCGACCGUCUGUCUGUGGUGUUCGACAGAAUCUACGGCCCGGACUAUCGAGCUGCCAGGCGUCUCAUCCACAAGCGACUUCGCCAAAAGAACAUGGGUUCGCCAGGAAAGAAGCCCCCUGCACAACGAGACGAUAGUCUGUAUCAACGAAUUAUGGCGUUUAGAGAUAAAGGGACUCCCGAAACAUCUCCUCAGCCAUCAGGGGGCGAGACACCCCAAAGGUCACAACAGGCCAGAAGGCCAUCGAAUGCCAGGAGGCCGAGCAACUCCAACAAUACACCAGAACGACGAUCUCCACAAGCCAACAAAACACCACAAAGAACCCCACCUCAAUCUAAUAGGCCUCGUCCUCAAUCUAGAAAGGCUAAAAAAUACCAGCCAAGCAGUGAACCACCUGCUUCUCGUUAUAAUGAUAAGUCUGAGGAACCCACAACAGCUCGAGAUGUGUAUGUAGAGAUGGGAGAUGAAGGGCAGGACAGUCCGAAGAGGAUGUCUAGGAAUCAGUCACGGCAGGAUGACCUGCCUCCUGUAAGGGAGGCAACUCCACGCAGAGGAGAUCGACCCUUGUCACGUGCAGCCUCAGAUCUCAACAAACAUACAGUUGUACCCCCCAUCACCAAAGAGGAUGGCAGCAAAAACAGCAGAAAUAACACCCCAGACCAGAGACAGUCUAGUAGACCCCCGAGUAAUCAAAACAGGACACCUAGUCGAAAUAAUACACCUUCAUCUGAUGAUGCUCGAGCAACGAUUGUUUCUCCAAGAAAUCCGCCCGAACCAAAUACACCUUCCAGCAAGGCUGAUGACCAACCCAUUGAGCGGGCUGGCCCAAGCAAUGCACAUUCUUCAAGACCAGAUCCGAAUCAAGAUGAUAAUCCAGUGGACGAUCAGGACGAUGAUGAAGACUCUCCUGUGCCAGUCAUUCCUGUGCCUGACAUUCCUGCGAGAACACCAAAGGUUAGGAAAGAAGAUGGACGUAUAGCUGCUUUGGAAAAACUUGCGGACUAUAACUUGAAGACUUUAGCUGGGCAGGAUGCGGGUGAGGCACCUGAGAUUGACGAUAAGAUCAUGAAUGAAGUGUUUAGUCCAGAGUUCCAAAAGGAUCUUGAUAACUUCUUGAAGUCAUGAUCUUGAUACUGAUUUUGAUGACCAAGGGUUCUUGUUGUGAAAGGUUUCAGAAGGAGCGUCGUCACUUCUUUAGGUCAGGAUCAUGGUUUGAUAUCUGGAUGCCCAGCACAUGGGGCACAUGUGGCGCAAAUCUGCUUGAACAUAUUUGGAAGUUUCACUUUGUUGCACACGAUAUGUCCUCUGUGCCACAACAACAUUUACAUCGUAGAACGUGUAUCAGCGUGUACGUUUUUGAAGCAAGCGUUCCUAAAGCUUACCCUAAGAGCUAGAUCAUCAACAUCUUAAUCAACAUGGUUUUGUCUAACCCCUCUAGUGAUCACUGACGAUUUGUACCAUCCGGAACAGAUACAAUAUUUAAAAUGUAUUCCAAAGGUCACCUGUAUUUUUAUAAAACGAAAUGCUUAAGUACAUGUUUGUACGUAGUAUUGUUUACACGUCGUUUUCAAAAGUAUGCACCCUCUACAGAUCAUUUAUAAUUGUUGUUUAUCAGAUAUAUUGCUGAUAUACUAUAUCUACUAACCUAUAAGUGUACAAUCACAACCUGCAUAAAGAUGAGCAGCUUGGUUCUUAACAGACAAUGUCCAUGGUUACGUAUUUAACAACAUAUGAUAGCAAUAUGCCUUAGCCUUACGGGAAAGGACUUCAUGACAAGCUUCUCGGAAACUUAUUUUCUCAAAAGUGAUGAGGACAGUAGGCCUUUUUCAGGUUUGUACUAAAAACAGGAGUGAUAUGCAACAUUGAUAUAUUUGUGAUUACACUUUCUCAGUAAAGUACACAUUCUAGGAUUUUUUAGUGUUGAGUCCCGCAAAGUACUUGAAUCUGAAGUUUACUGAGAGCAUAUAUAAUACACAUACAUUUCAUUUGAAAACUUGGCACUUGGCAUUGUGUAUUCAAAGAGUGAUGUGAUAGGAACACCUUCUAGUUUUUCCCACCAAGAACACCAUCACACACAAGUGGAUAGCCAUUAAACUCGGACCUGUGACACAAUGUCAGAUUCAAGCAUCUUGUUAUGGAUACCUGAGAAAACUUCAUGUGAAAUUUGAUUUUGGGGGGAUGUAUGGAGUGAUACUUGAAACAUAUUUCUGUUAAUGACAUUAUCUGCCUCACAAUAUACUUUAUUGCAGAGGAAUAUUCUUUAUAGAACAAUAUUUAGGUUCGUCAUUUUAAUUAACGCAAAUUUCUGGAGUGUUUUCAGCUGCGAAAAUAUCUAGUCUCCGUCCGUACACCGUCGACGCACAUACCCAAACCACCCCACUCUAGCAAGUGUCGCUAUCCAUACAAAAGCAUGUUUUUUUAUCAAGACUAAACUUUAUACAUAGAGCAUUUUGGU